AUGUUUCAAAAUCGCUUGCCCACCCUAGUGUUAAUUCUCUUAAUUACUAUUAUUUCUGUCACAUAUUCCUUUCCGAGUGGAAAAUUUAAGAGAGACGGCGAUGCAUGUGCCAAUAUUAAACAAACUUACUUGAGUAUUUCCAAUUCAACAAAACUACCCAAUAUCAAGUAUACCGAUGUAAAAGAUUGUUAUCAGACUUUUCCUUAUGAUUCUACUAGGGCAUCGGAACUCAUUAGUACAUUUAAAAAUUUUUACGAUAAUUUCUACGUGUUUUUGAAUCAAGCCAAAGAAUCUCCUCAGGCUGGUUUUAGCUAUAGGCCAGUUGACUUGCUAAAUGAAUUAGAUCUCUUGCUUAAAAAAGACUAUAAGUCGGAAUUUGAAUUUAUGAACGCUAUAGUGAAUCUCUUGGACGAUCUAAAAGAUGCCCACGUUUAUUUUAGUCCUCUUUGCUAUAGUGCAUUUAAAUUCGACCAAGGAAUUUAUUUAUACUCAGUUGUAAAAUCCGAUGGAACUCAGGCAAUUAAAGUUUAUGACUAUCCGCAAGACCCAUCAAUCAAAAAUUGCGAGGUCACUCACAUCAACGGUAAACCUGCGUUGGAUGUGAUUGUCGAAUACGCCAACACCUCGGAUUCCGUUUCACGUGAUCUCGGUGUUAGAUUUAAUAAUGCUUUGGUAUCUUUAACAACAUCCGGUUACAACUUUGGGAGUUUUGCCUAUCGUACAAGACUACCUGAAGCUGAAUCUAUUUCGUAUGAUCUCUUAUGUUCGGAACAAAAGGCUCGUAUUGAUAUUCCUUGGAAAAUUCUCAUUAGAGAUAUCGGAUUGUUUCGACUAUUUGACGAUUCAAAGAGUUACUUUGACAAUCUCUGUAACAAUCCUGAUAAAUCAUUUCCAAAUAUCAAAGAUAAAAAUAGUGGCGAUCAAAAAAUUGAUGCAGGAUCAUCUAUUACACCUUUAUUAAACGUGUCCACUGUAGCAGAAUUUUAUCAAUUAGAUGAUACUGGUGUCGUGGUCGUUUCCUCCUUCUCAGAUAAAAACCAUACAUUUAUAAACACCUACCCAGAAAUUUACAAAGGUUUCAUUGAUGGAUUUAAUUUGUUGGCUCGAGCUAAUGUUAAAAAGCUAGUCCUUGAUUUCACAAAUAAUCUAGGUGGAGUGGUGGAAUGGUCUUCGUUUCUCAACAGUCUCCUACUUAAUAGAAAAGACAUUGUCACAUUUCCGGAUGACAUAAGAGUAACCAAUAUCUCAGAACGUGCGAUCAGCGCGAGUACAUCCAAGAAUAUCGGACGCAUAUUCAAUGGUCUGAAUAAAACAGACCUCACGUACAAAACUUUUAACAGUGCAGAGGCAUUUAUCGGCAAUAAUUUCUAUAACCGUGGGGGUGAUAAGGCCAGGUUUACAAAUAAAUUCUUCGACAUUAUCUCGGAUUAUACUCUAGAAAGUAUGGCAAACACGCCAAAGUUGCCAUGGAAUGCGAGUGAUAUGAUUGUUUUAACGAACGGAAUUUGUGGAUCUUCGUGCGCCCUUACCGCAAAUUUCUUGACUGAGCUAGGUCAAGUUUCCACUGUAUCUGUAGGAGGCUUUUAUAAUAAGUCGCUUUCAUAUGCUUCAUUUGUUGGAGGAAUGGUCAUAAAUAUUGAUGCUAUUAUUAAGGAAUUACAGCCAUUAGGAAUAAACGAUAUUGGUUUUUAUAAUGUCAGAAUUCUCGAAUCAUCGGAUGCGACUCUCACCCUAAAAGAAUCAUAUAGUCUGGUUAAACCUGAUGAGGUAUUGGAGUUUCAAUACAGACCUGCUCAGUACAGGUUGUAUUAUGAUGACGAGAACUCUAGAGAUUUGACUAAAUUGUGGAAACAGGCUGCCUCUUUUAUUAAGAAUUCUUAG